CCAUCAUCAUCAUCAUGUCUCUGGUGGCCGGGGGCGGCGGCGUCGGCGUCGGGAGCGGGGCCGGCGGGGCUGCCACUAGCCCUGCUGGGGCCGGAGGGAGCGGGGCCCGGGUCUUCUUCCAGGCGUCCAGGGAGGAGGACUCCUCCGGGGCCCCGACGGCGGCGGCGGCCAUGGCCAUGCAGCCCCUCCAGCCCCAGCAGCCCCAGCCCCAGCCCCAGCCCCGGCGGCACCAGCAGGGCAAAGUGACGGUGAAAUACGACCGCAAGGAGCUGCGGAAGAGGCUGGUGCUGGAGGAGUGGAUCGUGGAGCAGCUGGGCAGCCUCUACGGGUGCCAGGAAGAAGAGAUGCCAGAUGUAGAAAUUGACAUUGAUGACCUUCUUGAUGCUGCUAAUGAAGAGGAGAGAGCCCUCAAAUUACAAGAAGCACUUGUAGACUGCUACAAACCCACAGAGGAUUUUAUCAAAGAACUGCUAACUCGGAUAAGAGGAAUGAGAAAACUGAGCCCUCCUCAAAAGAAGAGUAUAUAAUUGAAAAUAGUACCCUCUUCAGAGACGUGGCCAUGACUUCGGGACUUUUGAAUAGAACAACUUCUAGUUUGAUCUUUAUGAGCAAUUUAUUCUUACCUUUUUGGUUGAGUUCUGACAUUUUAAUGAAUUUGACCACUUCUGUUUUUAAAGCUUUUUUUUAAGUGUCAAUUUUUUUUAUCAUGGAUAUCAACAUUGUGGAUGCUGCUUUUACUACCUGAGGAUGAUCAAACUAGGUGGGAGACUUUACCUGUCCCAGGCAGUAACCUACCCAAUGAAUUCUCUGUGGGACUACUAGGGGAAGCUGUUUCUUUAAAACCAGUUGGAUCAUCAUCAUUGAGUUGUACACUAGACUCAUGGAUGUUAAUGUUAUUGUGCUUAUGUACAUAAAUUAUCGAGUGAGUGUUACUAUUAAUUCAUGUGAAUGGAAGGAAAAUGUGGUCUAGAUAACAAUUUAAUUGAAACUGUAGCAACACUGUUGGGGUGGGGAGAGAUGCAGUUUGUUGAAAGUGUAUGGUACCAUUGUUUAUAAAUGCAUUUAAAGUGCUGGGGUGGAUAUAUUCAUUCACAAAACAACGUAUGAACAAGCUGGGGGGAUUUUAAGGGCUUGUUUUUGUAGGGUUUGAACUUAUUUUAUUCAUAUCAUGCUUAGCCAGGUCAUCUCCUCUUCACCUCAUGCUCUGUUAGGAUUGUAUCCCAUUGCCUGAAGGGUCUGAUGCAACAGUGAGAGAAGGAUUAAUGCCAUUUAGGAGAACUGUGAAAGGAAGAAUAUCGCCUUGACCCAGUGCAAUUUCCUCCCCUCUUCUUACAACAAGGAUGUUAGAGUAUGGUCUGUAAAGGCAAUUUGCUCCUGUCCUUUUUGUUGUUGUGUUUAAAAUAAUUCAUUACUGUUACUUGUUAAAGUGUUCAAAAAGUUAAUUUUUACUUUGUACAUUUCUUUUUCAUUGCUUUUGCUGGUUGUUAUUUUUAAAACCCUCUUAGGAUUGAAUUCAAUAUACAGAGGGAUCUUGUAGCACCUUUGAAACUAACUGAAAGAAAGAAGCUUUUGGAUUGAUAAAAGAGUUGCAUAAAACUUGAAAUAUUCCUGUCAAAAUGGCCCUAAAAUUACUUUUGAAAGCAUUUAGGGAACAUUACCAAGAAAGCUCCUUGUGCAUGUCCUCUGUUGCACUUCCAUUAACAAAAAGUAACUUCUUGCAAGUUGCUAUGUUGCUUGUAGUGCAUUACUUCCAACCUCUGGCCAGAUCAUUUUGCUGAUCGAACUAAUUUUAAUUGUGGAAUUUAGGUAUUAAUCCUUCUUCCACCUGUAGCUUCUCAUGUACCGCAAAACCUGCCCUGGAGGUCUUAAAAACCGAUUGAAACCAAUUUUGGGGUGUUGCAUUCAGCUUCAGGAUGAGAGUGGAAAAAAGUUCUGUCACAGUACUGUUUGGGUGCUAGUAUGAUACUGCUUUAGGCCAUUUUGUUCUUGGCUUUAGCAUCAGACCUGGCAGGCUUGGAGAUUUGGUAGGUUUGUUGUUGUUAUUGUUGUUGAAAGCAGUAUCCCUGUCUCUUCAGGAAGCCAUUCUUCACUAAAAUGUUUCACAAGCUACCAUCUGCUGGUAGAUGUUAGUCUGGCAUUUUAUAUCAAGGGUGCUCUGAACAUAAUUUUAUUUUUUAAAAGAAAAAAAAAUACAUGGUUGUGAACUUUAUGUAUACUGGCAAGCUUUUUAAAAUGUAUUUAAUUUUGUAAUGUUUUAUCAAUGAUUUUAUUUACCAGAUAUUUACUCAAAUAAAUGCAACAAAUUGGGGCUUUUGUUUUAUAUGUGGUGUUAACAAUUAGCAGAGAGCCAGAAGCUAAAGGUGACUUAUCUAUGACCAUUCAUUUUCUUGGUACAAGCAGCCAACAAACUGUUACAGGUUUUUGUUUUCUAGCAGCUUCUUUAAAGCAUAUAAACAAAGGAUAUUCUGCAAACAUAUUUCAAGGGGAAUGAUUCUGCCAUGUAAAUCAGGGGAAAUUGUGGCCCACAGGAUGCAUUAGGACUUGGGAUACCUCACUUUUUUUGAUCCCUGGAGCCAUCCACAAGUCUUGCACACACCCCCACCCCCACCGAUCCCAUGAAAACACACAAAAAUAGCCCCACAAUUAUCCACCCAUGAUAUAAAUACUUCCAAAAAACCUCUGUAGCAGGGGUCGGGCUUAGAACAUUUCUCUUUUGUUUUGACACUUUUUGACUGUACGCCACAGCAUGUUUGGGACAAAAGUCUCAAUGGGAUACAUUUUAUUGCUUUUAAAUGGUGGCGCUUUUUCCAGACUUAAUUUUCAAGGCAGAAAAAGACAGCUGUGUGAAUUUCAACAUAUCAUGUACAGAAAUAUAUUUAUCCCAGGGUAGCUGUGUUGUCCAUACAGCAAAUUAUAAUAACAUCCAAAAUCCACCAAAGAGUGAAGCUUUCAUUGAGACAACCAAAAUGCACAAAAUACAUGAUGCAGUCAUUCGAAGCUCCCUUGGCAUCUUCAUCAGCCAAAGGUGUUAAAAAUUAUACAAGGGAAAGAAAGAAAAAUUAUGAUGUUAGAGUCAUAGGGCUCCAUC